GGGGAGAGUGGGGCUAGUUGUCACAGGGGUAAGUUGUCACAGCCUUGUUUACAGAAGAAUGGCUAAAUUUUCGAGGCUGUCGCCACGACCUUUAAAGGUGGGCACCAUGAUGUGUUCAUUUGACAUGACAUUCAUUUCUUACUUGACCAUGCUGUUUCCAGUGCAAGCCUGUGAUCGUUUUUGUCGAGCCUGAAAACGAAUUUUGUUUUUUGGGAAAAAGCUCGCAAGAUGGUUCGCAAAUACCAGAGGAAAACUGAAAGAGCCAAAACACCUAAGAAAACAUUGAAGCUGCUGUUCAGGCUGUCAAAUCGGGAAUGAGCAUUCGUAAAAGUGCAACAUUGAAUGAUGUUAAUUAUCGCACUUUAACACGUUAUAUGAAAUUGAUGAAAGGAAAAGAAAGCUUAGCUGAUGUUCACCUUGGAUACAAACAAACAAGACGUGUUUUAAAUGAUACCUUGGAAGCUGACCUUGUUCAGUAUGUCCUGAAGGCAGCUGCAAUUUUUUAUGGCAUUACUAUGCCUGAGCUGAGGUCUUUGGCUUACAAGUUGGCUGUUCAAAAUGAAGUAAAGAAUAUUCCAGAAUCAUGGAUCCGUGAAGAGAUGGCUGGAAAGGACUGGAUUCGUUGCUUCUUGCAAAGGCAUCAAAAUAUUUCAGUAAGAAAGCCUGAAGCAACCUCAAUUCAAAGAAUGGCAAAUUUCAAUGAACAUAAUGUUGUAAUGUUUUUUGAUAAUUUAGAGAGAGUUCUUAACCAACCUGAGGGUUAUAGUGCUGAUCAGAUCUGGAAUCUGGAUGAAACAGGGGUGACAACUGUACAAAGACCCCCUAAGAUACUUGCGAAGAAGGGGGCCAAACAAGUGGGUUCAGCAGUAUCCCAAGAGAGAGGACAGCUUGUUACACUAUGCUGUGCUGUUAAUGCAAUUGGAAAUCAUAUUCCACCAUUCUUUGUGUUUCCAAGGGUGAACAUCCAAGACCAUUGGCUUUUAACUGCACCCACUGGGAGCUCUGCCACUGGGCAUUCAAAAGCUAGUGGAUGGAUGACAGAAGAAACUUUUGUAAAGUACAUGAAGCACUUUGUGAAGUUUGCAAAACCUACAAAGGAACAGCCAAUACUUUUGUUACUUGAUAACCACAGCUCUCAUAUCUCUUUGGAGGUGAUCAAUUAUGCAAAAGCAAACAAUAUUACCAUGCUGAGCUUCCCACCACAUUGUUCACAUGAACUGCAGCCCCUUGACAAGACUGUAUUUGGUCCCUUCAAGACAUUUUUCAAUCAAGGUGUUGACAAUUGGAUGAGGCAAAAAGAGAAUGCUGGGAAAUCAAUGACUAUUCAUGUAAUACCAAGUAUUGUGUCCUAUGCCUUUCCCAAAGCUAUGACACCAGCCAAUAUUACUUCUGGGUUUAGAGUAACUGGAAUCUGGCCAUUUGACAGAAAUGUAUUUCCUCAAGACAAGUUCUUGUCAGCAUAUUCUACAGACAGACCCAUGUUGGAAUCUACACAAGAGCAUGCAACACCUGCUAACAUGCAACCAACUCCUUCAACAUCAAGAGGAGCUGCUAAUGUCCAAUGCACACCAAGUCAAAGCCAACAUUUAGACAUGUUGUCUACAAGUGUGUCUACCAGUGCUGAACAAAUCCGGCCAUUUGGUAAAAGAGAGCCAAGAAAAGAUGGCUCCAAUAAAAGGAAAAAGGGGAAAUCGCAAAUUUUCACUGAUACCCCGGUUAAAAGAGCCAUAGAAGAGGAAGCCAAUUUGAAGAAAUCAAAGAAGAAUUUGGCAAAGAAGAAAAUCUUGUAUUCAUCUUCAGAAACAGAGCACAUUGAGGGUAAAGAAGUCACAAAAACUAGGAAGAAAACUGAUGAAAAGAGAAAAAACACUACAAGAAUUGGACAUAGAAAAAAGGCAGAGAAAGAUGAAAGUGAGUUGAGUGACACUGAGACCAGUGAAGAGAGUGAUUUUAUUUGCGAUGAUGUCAGUGAUGAUAGUGACAGCCACAGCAUCACAGAAGAAAGACAGAUUUUAAGAUCUCCAACAAUGGAGCAACUAGACAAGGAUGACCAUAUUUUGGUCAAGUUUGCUGGAAGGAAAUCUUCUAGAUUCUAUGUUGGAAGAAUAAUGGAGCUUGACUGGGAUGAUUCUACAGUGGAAACAUCAUUCUUACGAAGCAAGCUAUUUAUCAAUGAUAGGAAAGUUUUCUUCUUUCCCAACAAGGAAGAUAGCUGCUCACACACAGUUGAAGAUAUCAUUAUGAAGCUUCCUUUUCCAACAACCGGCCAGACAAACAGAGCUUCAACAAUUUUUGAUUUUCAUUGCCAAGCAUUGGACAAGUAUAACACUGAAUAGCUGUGGAUUGUUUGAGUAAUGUUUAUUUGAUUGAUGUUAUGUUUGAUUAUUUCCCAGAUCCUGCACUUUUGUUUAUUUUUUUCUGUGACAAUUUGCCCCAGCUCUUGUGACAACAUGCCCCACAUGUGGGGCAUAGUGUCACACUGGACCUCUUUGAAUAAAAAUGUAAUUUUACCAAAAGUGUAUGCACAGCUGAAUUUUUUGGUAUGCUGGCGAAGUACCCUGAGCUGUAAGCUUUUUAGAUUUCACACUAGAAGUCUUAUCAUUUAAUCAGUCUUUGUGUUAUUGGUCAAGGAAAAAAUUUUGUGACAACUAGCCCCACUCUCCC